AUGAAAUCUGUAAUCGUUCUUCUUUUUACUAUUUUGGUUUUUGCGCAUCCUCCUAGACUCGUGGAGAUCGCAAAGAGGGUAAACAAGCAACAGAAUUCGUGGGUAGCCAAUGAAAACACUCCGUUGCGUGAUUAUUCCAGCUUUAUUGGGACGUUGAAAAACAAGAAACCGCUUCCAAUUCGUUCUAUACCAAUUAAAAGAGAGUUGCCCAAAGAGUUUGAUAGCAGUGAAAAAUGGCCGGAGUGUCCGUCAAUCUUGGAAGUGCGGGAUCAGUCCUCUUGUGCAUCAUGUUGGGCAUUUGGUGUCGUGGAAGUCGCGACCGAUCGUAUCUGCAUUGAGUCAAAGGGAAAGAACCAGGUGCGUCUCUCAGCCGAAGACGUGUUGGAAUGUUGUAAGGACUGCGGUUUCCAAUGCCAAGGUGGCUAUAGUGCCAUGGCUUGGGAGUACUUGCGUCGUACCGGAGUUGUAACGGGAGGACAGUAUAACUCUACGGAGUGGUGCAAGUCGUACCCGUUUCCUCCGUGCUCGCAUGGGAUUGAAGGUCAGUAUCCUCAGUGCUCUACAAAGCCUCCUGUAGUUCCUAAGUGCGAGACGACAUGUCAGGAAGGGUAUCCCAUUGAGUAUGAGAAGGACCGCUACAAGUUCAGCAACGUGUAUCAGUUGGAAAACAAUGUAGACCAGAUCAAGAACGAGAUUAUGGAGAAUGGUCCUGUGGAUGCUUCAUUCCAAGUGUAUGAAGAUUUCAUGACUUACAAGAGCGGAAUUUAUCAUCAUGUGGAGGGUAAGUUCAUGAAUUUGCACACUGUGAAGAUCAUUGGUUGGGGAGAGGAAAAUGGAGAGGCCUACUGGAAGGCUGUAAACAGUUGGAAUUCCGAAUGGGGUGAGAAUGGAUUAUUCCGAAUUCGCUUGGGGACAAAUGAGUGUACUAUCGAAAGUCAGGUUGAAGGGGGAUUGGUUUGA